GUGACAACCACCCUCACAGAGCAGAGGCAUAAGAAGCUGACAACAAGUCAAAUGUAAAGUUUUAUUCAAUUACUUGCAAUCGUUUCGACUAAUUUUCGACAGAUAACAAGUUCUAUAGCGCCCGUGGAAAUCGAUUUUCCGCCGUGUUCUUGCCUCUCGCGAAAACUUGAAUAUUAUUAUGAAAAGUCCGUCGUUAGGUGUUUAGUGGAGCUGAGUGGAAAGUAUUUGGUCAGCACGAACUUGAAAUAUUACUUGUACUGCUCAGUGAAAGUCACCUGGUCCGGCCUACCGUGUCCUUAGUAAUAGCGAAAAUAUGUUCUGCAAUGGCUACUCGACUUGUGGUUUCAACAGGAAGUUUUAUCUUGCUGCGUUUUUCAUAUUGCUGAGGAACAUCACGACCAUAGGAUAUCAAGUUAACACGCAUCAGAUAGUGAAACGCAUGGAAUUGGAGUUAUGUUUGGAUCAAUUCGAUAUUCAUCGUGAUACCAUCAUACGCACUGAAGAAUCCUUAUCCAUUGGUGGUAAAUACAUCCAAGGUUUAAACAUUGAAACAUUAGAGCAAUGCCAACACCUUUGCUGUGAGACGGAUGGCUGUGACGUUUUCAUUUUCGAGGGAAAGAAUGGCGGUUACUGUUACUUAUUCGAGUGCGGACCACCAGAAAAUUUUCGAUGUAAAUUCACAAGACAUGCCAACUAUACCAGUGCUGUGUUGACACCAAUUCGACACAUUACGACACCCACCACAACAAAACCGCCACCGCCGCCUUCUGUUGUAGCUUCCCCACCGUUACAUUCUCAGCCUCAUCCGCAGUCAAGCCUCUCGCAGCAUGAAUUAGAACUUACAAAUUUGAAGCAGAAACCCGACAACAUCCCCAGUAACGAAAACCGCUCUGCUAAAUCAACUUCAACAGUGCCUCCUGCAGGGGCUUCUGUAAUCCAAUCCGUUACUACUCCAAAAAAUAUACAAAGUAGCUCCUCGGCUUGCAGAAGAUUUCAAUUUCAGUGUCAUUCAGGAGAGUGCAUUGCAGUUUAUAAUGCUUGUGAUGGAAUACCCCAAUGCGAAGAUGGCAGUGAUGAGGGCCCCGAGUGUCCAGCUGGUUCACCAGUCGUUGGAAAGCCAUCUACUGGAGAAAAACCGGAAGAAAUUCCCAAUAUAACUUUAGAGCAAAACACUCGAACGUUGACAGGAAAUGCCAUGAGCUCUGCAGUGAAGCAGGUGGAUCCUCAAACUGUUCCCAGACUAUAUCCGCAAUCGCCAAACAUAAACAACAGGGAGGACCCUAUGUCGGCGCCCUCCGCGUGGUCGAAUCGCAAACUGCAAGAACCUCAAGACACAGAGCACAACAGUCGAAUCUUUAAUCAUAAAGGGGGUCUUCAAAUAGCAACUAAUAACGUUGGGCAACCAUACCAGAAUCCAAUCCCCAAUUUGUACAAUUCCAUUCAAAGGGACAUGUAUAUGCAACCAGACUACCAGCUUCCCUAUCGCAGCCCGAUUAUUCAACCCCAAGAUCAUAUGAUUCCGCCGCAAAAUAUCAAUUGGCAACAACCCCAACUAUCUCAACCUCUGCUAACUGUUGGAGGGCCGUACAUAUCUGCCGUGAAUGGCCAACCCGUGCCACAAGUGAAAGCUCCGGUAGUGCAACAAACUCCGCCAGUGAACACGCCACUUCCUUCGGGAGAACAGAAAGAUCAAACACAACAAAACACGCAGGCAAAUUCGGCUGGUACACAUUCAAGCGGUUCUAAGGAUAAAGAUAAAGAAGUCGAGCAUAACAUCGAAAAUAGUAAUGAAUCAGAGGAAUAUGAAGAAUAUGAGGAAAAAUCCACCGAACCACCAAAGAAAAAACAACACAGACAUCGAAAACCAACGGAAAAGGAACACAAGCAGAAAAAUCGGCAAAACAAAACUAAAACCGAGAAACCAAUUGAUACGCCAUUGCACGAACAGCUUAAAAUGAUAAGGGAUGAUAUGGAGAUGGAGUUUAUAGAUCACGAUGGAAAAUCAGAACGCCCGGGCGGGGCGGUGUUAUCACUGACUUUAGGGAUCAUUGUUACCGCGGCGCUUGCUGUAUUGGUAGGUUGCCGCAUGAGGACAGUAAGCCGACGAAGUAGACGUUCUGGAAAGGCUCCAUAUGCCCACGAUGCCGACUUCCUGGUGAAUGGGAUGUACUUAUGAGCUUAAGCGUCGUAAGAUGUCAUUUGUGGCAGAAUCAAUAUUCUAACCUUUGUGUGUUAGACCAAUUCUCCUAUGCAACAUGGAUGCCGUAAAUGAUAUCGCACUUGCAUAUAAGAAUAAGUUUGUUAAAAAUAUGAGUUGGUGAUUUGAUUCUUGGUUAAUAUAUGUAUAAUAUCAUGUGGUAGACACAAACUAGUCGUUAUCAAUUAAUUUGCAGAUAUUAUUUCGAUGGUAAUUACUGGUAGCAACAGAAUUCGAAGUAAAUUUGUAAAAUGUCGUUUUGAUAUAGGAUAUGCUUUUAAUAUGGCAUCAUCUGCGUUCUAAAAAAGUAAUCCGUCUUCAUUCUGCGGGACUACGUAUGUGUAUGUUCACUUGAAUGGAUGCCCCAGAAAUAAACAUAUACCUUCUCAAGUCCGAAUGUUUUUCAAACUUCUGCAUCCCGUUGCCGUUUACAAUUUUAAUUGUUGACAGUGUUUUUCACAAAAAGUAAUUACAAAUUGAAAUUUGAAUAUGUUGAAAUUAUAUCCAAAAUUAUGAAUGAAAAAGUGUUUAUCAACAUCCCUUGAGUAGCUAAAUAUCUACAAAAUCAAAUGAAAUUUUUACUACUAGCUUAUAAUGGCUUAAGUUAAGAUUCUUAUAAGCAUGAAAAAAUGUUAAAUUAACAAUAAACAAAAUGUCCUUAUCUGA